AUGGCUUCAGACGAUGGGGUUGGCCCUCGAAAGAGACGGAAAAUUGGCUCUCUUGGCUCAGAGCCUUAUAUUUUGCGUUCAUUGUUUGAUGAUGUUCCACUGGCAACAGACGAAAGCUCGGACGUUCAUAUCACCACGGUCGAGUUCUGGGACGGAAAUUUGUAUGUAGGCACGUCUGCAGCUGAAGUUUUACAUUUUGUCUGCCUCCCACCGGCUUCCGACGAUGAACCAACCGAGUCAACCUUUAUACUCGCAUCCCGACUGCCUAUACCAUUCCAGAAUGAACCAACAGAUGACGUGGCCCCCGGAGUUCGACAGAUCGUUAUACUACCCUCCGUGAACAAAGCUUGUAUUCUCUGCAAUGGCAUGGUCACUUUCUACAUGCUCCCGGAGCUCAGCCCGGCGUUCGGAACUACCAAGGUCAAUCAUUGCCGCUGGAUCGGUGGCUUGGAUCUCAAUCAAGAUGCAAGCGAUGGUGAAGACCCAGUCCUCAUGAUAGCCAUUCAGAAUAGCAUCAUGCUCAUCAGAAUAGGAGAGGGAGCCCGACGAGUCAAGCAAAUCAAGUUCCCAGGCUGCUUGGUCGCGGCGCGCCGGGGCACCAUCGCCUGUGCAGCUGACACUCAAUCGUACUCCCUGUUAGAGGUCGAGCAUCAGCAAAAAAUCCCCUUGUUUCCCAUAUCGUCGUCGAGCGAGGUAUUUGAAACUGGAAUUGUCGAAGAUGCCUCGAAUACAGCACCAUUAUCGCCGCUGCGACGUUCGCCAUCUUCGUCAUAUCCCAGCUCUCCUCCCAUGGACACUCCCGCGCAUGGGCGAAGCAGCAGUCUGAAUGCAUUUGCAAGCAUGCUUCAGCCACAGGCUCGAUCGACCGGGCAUAACAGGUCACCAUCGGGCACACCGGAUCCUUUUACCUCCACAGGGAGUAUUCGCCGCUCAAGCUCUGAGGAGCGAAAUGAAGGCGAAGGUGGCCGCGAGCCGCAAAAGUCGGAGGGCGUGGAACAACAGCCUGCCCAGACUGCAGAUUCGGGCGAUUUCAAGCCACUUCCUGCGCUCCCACCUUUGGGACCGGCAAGGAAACCACUGCAGCCGCACGUGGUCUCGCCCACUCCCACCGAAUUUCUUUUGGUCACGGGAACAGAGGAGACAGAACCAGGAGUAGGUAUGUUCGUGGAUCUGGAUGGUGAGGUUGUUCGCGGUACCAUCAACUUUCAUCGAUUUCCAAAGUCUGUCGUGGUAGAUUCCGGUGAUGACGAUCAGGCGCUGCAGCUUAAUGAAGACUCAAAAGAAGAGUUCAUUUUGGCAAUAAUUGAAUCGGAAGGAAAUGAACAGAAGAAAUACACGCUCGAGAUCCAGAGGUGGGAUGCUGAUCCUGCUGAUAUCGAGCGCAAUAAGAAGUGGAUGGACAUACCUGGUGCACACGGCAGUAUACAGCACGCGCAAGUGGGCUUGAAACAUACUCUUACUCCUAGCAGUCUUGAAAAUGGCGAGGUCGGAGCCCUUCUGCAAAUGGUCCGCCUGAAAACACCCCUCCUUCCACCUUAUAUUGCGACAGUGGAUCCCCGAACGCAAGACUCGAUUGAACAACAGAAGACAGAAAAAGAGCUUUUCGAGUCACAGGAGUCGACGGACUCUGCCGGGACUAAGAAGUCAGCUGCUGCAUCAGGCGAACUCGAGUGGGAGACCCGAAAAAACGAGGAGGAAUCGAAGUUUGCUCGUGGAUUGGGCAAGCUACAGAGCAGCCUCGUUCUCUGGUCCGGCUCGCAAGUUUGGCGACUUUGCAAGAACCCAAUGGUUGUCCAAUUGGAAGAAACAUUACGCAAAGCUCAGCAGUCUGACGGGACAGGUCGCAUUACGUUGCAGAGAGACGCGGUCAUGGAGUUGAUGGUCCUAGUGCAAGACGUCGAGCCAAAGACAGAAGCCGAAUUCCUGGGUCUCGGCUAUGUGAAGCAGAAAGCCAGUCUGCUACUCUAUGGGGAUCUGCUAUCAAUGCGUUCUGAGCACCGUGCCGAUCCAACAAUCAGAAAUACUGAAAGAGCUCUCCUGACUGGCAAUCUCGAUCCCCGAAUUGCUCUGCUGUUCAUUCCUUUCCUCAGAGGCGAUGUGAUUCAAGGGCCGCAAGGCAUCUGGGUCCAGUCGGGCCUAUCGGCAACUAUUGAGCAGUAUUUGGACCAGACCGAGCAGCAGAGCCAUGAUCUGGGAAUACACAGCCCGAUGCUCAAUAUGUUGAAGCGCUUCUUGCUGUCAUGGCAACAAAAGAGGGGAUACGGUAGCAUCGCCGACGAAGAAUAUGUCUUCGAUAGCACCGACAGUGCUCUCCUUCAUCUAGUCCUUGAGCAGGAUGAAAACCUCAAUUCGCAGCAGCGGGCGGCAUCCACGCGCAGCGAACUCAACAAGCUAGUGGACAAUUGGAAAGGCAAUUUCGAGCGAGCAGUGUCUCUUCUGGAACAGUAUAAGCGACUAUACAUUCUGAGUCGGCUGUAUCAAAGCCGCAAGAUGUCUCGAAAUGUGCUGAAGACUUGGAGGAGGAUCAUCGAUGGAGAAGCGGAUGCAGGCGGCGAGGUUACAGGUGCUGGAGUGGAGGCGCAGAUGCGCAAGUAUCUCGUGAAAAUCAAAGAUGUUCAGCUGGUGGAAGAAUAUGGCUGUUGGCUCGCCGGGCAGAAUCCAUCACUGGGUAUACAGGUGUUUGCAGACAACUCCAGUCGCGUGACUUUUGAACCGGCAGAUGUCGUGGUGUUGCUGAAGGAGCGGGCUCCUCGCGCAGUGCAGGUGUAUCUCGAGCACCUGGUCUUCGCCAAAAAUUACACUCAAUAUGCCGACGACCUCAUUGCCUAUUAUCUCGACGAGGUUCUUUCUGUUCUCGAGUCGUCGUCGGAUGCCCGCGCUUCCCUUGCUGAAUCCUACUCAACAUACCGAGCGCUUCGUCCUCCCAAACCGACGUAUCUUAACUUUAUCAAGGAAAAUACGCCCGUUGAAGCCUGGUGGCAAUCCCGAUUGCGUCUACUUCAGCUUCUGAGUGGCACGUCGGGCACUCAAUUUUCCUCUACAGCAUUGCCCUUAGGGGUAACCUACUCCAUCCCCACGGUGCUGAAGCGCAUCGAACCAUUCCAGGAUGAGCUCGUUUCCGAAAGUAUCAUUCUCGACGGCCUGCAGGGACAUCACCGUGCCGCGCUUCGGCUCCUCACCCACGGACUCGGCGACUACGACUCCGCCAUUCGCUAUUGUCUUUUUGGCGGGCCACGCAGCGCAACAUCGUCCGGGGAGCCCCCCCGUAUUCAGGACCUCACAGACCGUAUUGAGCGCACAAGCGAUCUGCUCGCACGCUUUGGAGCCUGGUUUGACGUUCGUGAAGUAUUGGAACUGGUGCCGGAGGACUGGAGUGUGGAUAUCCUUGGCGGGUUCUUGGUCCAAGUCUUCCGCAAGAUGGUCUCGCAGUCUCGGGAGGCGCGCAUCCAACGGGCCUUGAGUGCCAGUCUCAACCUUCGGGUCGGUGUGGAAUACACUAAUCAGAUGGAAAAGGCAGGACCCUGGUUGGAGGAUGGGGAUGGAGUCCGACGAUUGAAAGAUGGCAGUGCUGUCGCGGCCACUGCUCCUUCCGCGGACGGUGUGCUUGUGCCUCCCGAAACCGAGGACAAUGACUUCGAUGAUGUAGUCGGCCCGACCUGA